AUGCUGCCAAGCGCUCUAGUUAGCGUCUACCAGCAGUACAAGGCUGAUACCGACGCGAUCGCUGGAUGGCUUGCUUUGACAGCCAAAGCAGCCAACUAUCCCGGCCAGCUGUUGUCUCCUCCAGCCACGUCCACUGGUCGAUUGAAGGGAAAAGCCAGGGCGCUGGCCAAAGAACAGGCCUUGAAGCCCAAGAAAGCAUUUUUGCCCAUCAAACUUUUCGUUCCUCUUGCUAAAUACAUUACGUCGCUCAAAGCGCCUCGAGUUCGCGUCCCCCAAUCUGUCAUCAACAUCACGGAAAGAGUCAUUCGUCAGAGAUCAGUUUUCAGUUCUCGACUCAGCCACCAUGGGGCCAAUCCUACCGUUGAAGACGAUCGGUCGCACUCUUAUUUUGUCGAUAUUCUCCGGCAGGUUGUUCACCUUUUCCGCCAAAACGUUGUGCCGCCGCCCACUACCUCGACUGAGAACAUAAACGAUGUCGAAUUUGAAAACCGGUUUGCGUCUCUCCAUGUGGAAGAGCCAUCACAAGAGUUCCUUAAUGCGAAAAUUGUUCAGCAGCCUACUACAGAGAACAAUAUUGUCUAUGAAGCGGAGCCACAGACCGAUUUGGAUGACGCCAUUGCGGCGUAUGGAAUGUUACUACAGGACCUCAACAAGAUCCGUGACGAGAUCAAGCAGAUCUGGCUGAGCUGUGCCGAGGGCUCCAUCGAACUAACAGCGGCCGCCCUUGCGACCAAUACCGGCGUUGACCUUGCCAGAUACUUGAUUGAUCAAGUACUUCCCAUCUUUCAACUGCAUGGGGGCGUUGGUGAAGUUGCCGAGGCAUUCGCCCUGCAGUUCAUACAGGAGCAAGACUUGAAUAAUAGUGACUUGACGCCUGAGGAAAUUGACGAGGUUGUUGAUGAUAAGAUGUUUGUUGUCAAUGACUUCAUGAAAAGAUUCGCGAGCUGUCGAGAUUGCGCCCACAGACACAAUGAGCCUUGGAACCCUACUCCACAAGCCAUCCAGGACCUGCUGGAUAAGAUUGAGGACGAAGUUGAGGCGGAUAAUCAGCUUCUAGGAGAGCUCAUCAACAACUUGCUCGCUGUAAGUUGGCUGGCCAAGGAAUACUUGAAGGUGGAUGAAAUAAUGAGUGGCCUGGAUGCGAUGGACACGACAAAGACGGCUCCAUUCUAUGUAUGCUUUGCAUUGCAAGUGACGCUCGACAUUCACCACACUCUCGGCGAUUGGUGCCUCGAGCCCGCGAAGCAGCUUGAUAACGAACUCAACUUCAUGAUCGAGUCUAUUGACGAGUUCUACAAAGGCGCAGCCAAUAUGAAUGGGAGGGCCGGAAAGACUUGUAAUUGCCUCAGGAACUUUCAACAGGAGAUCAAGGAUUUCCAGACUGAUCCGACUAUUGACGUCAGAAAGGAGUUCUACAAUUGUAUGAACUACAAUUGCGAGCCUUCUGAAGAGAGACAUAGAAGCAUGCAGUUAUCCCCAGUCCUCUGUGGACUGACGAUUUUCUACUUCCGCGCCUCGAUGCACGAUUUCGGCUUCAUCGAGUUCGCGCGCAACCGCACCAUUCAGCACGCCGUUCAUCUGUACAACGCUCUCGUGAAGGAAGACCUGAUAGAAACCCCCUGGAGCGACAUGCAGCUGGCCGAGAACUUCUUUGGGCGAUCGAACAUCUUUGCAGGGCAGAAGCCCGCGAGUACGAGAGGUUACCUCAAGCAAAUUAUGCUCCAAGCGGGAAUGACCGUCAGAGGACUGAACGAGCUGUUCGGUGCGCUAGAUGGCCACUCUACUUCUUGCGAGGGGCCAAGAACACGUGGAUUCCGACACAAGAUGAAGGCUGUGAGCCGUGGUGCUCCUGUAUCUGCUAUUUUUAUUGACCGAUACUACAAUCAAUCCAACAGAAUUGAUUACCGGCCCGAGGAUGUCAAUGAGAUCAUCUCGCGCCGCCGUUGUGACGAGGCACCGCUAUCCCCGAACAAAAGUGGUCAACACUCACCUCAUCUACUUCUUCAACCACUCGCUGAAGCACUCACUGAAGAAAGUCUUGAGGUGGCUUUCCCUAGGUUGUUGAUGCACAAGGUGUGUGGCGAGUUUUUAACCAAUGUCAAGAAUCAGUGUGCCGGAACUAUAAAGGAAGUGUCUGGCGAGAAGGCGACAUCGCGGGACAUAGUCUUGUUGAUCUUUUCUGCACUCGUCGGUGACCAAGUUUUAGGGAAAGAGUUGCUCUCUAAGGCUGCUAUGAUUGCCAAUGAUACCGUUGCUUCUGGAUCCGGUAAGAGACUUGUCGAUGUGAUGGAGACGGAAUUUGAAUUCUCCAGGGAGCAGUUGGAGGAAGUUUGCUCCAAGUCAAAGUUAGCAGAGGAUUUCUAA